AUGGAAACCUUGCAUGGUUCGGCCUUCAGCACCAGUCCAAGCUAUGCUCAAGAUGUAUCCAGUAAACGUGCCGUCGUCCAAGUGGAGCUCGAAGGUAAACUGCAAUUGGGCUUGGAUCGAUGUCUCAAUCUGAUCGUUGGUCACGUGCAACAUAUUCUGUCGAACGAGCAGCGGAAAACGGAUUUUCGUCCUGAAUUGUCCGGACAGAAUGAGAAUACCCCUGUGGGUGGACCACCGUCCAGCGCUUGUCAACGUAUAGUGAACUAUCUUACCCAAGUCAUUCACGAGGCACGCCAACAUUUGGAUGGUCAGAACCUGAAAAACUUCUUGGCUGAGCUGGGCAUGCGGGUGAAUCGGACAUUGAUCGAUCACUUCUACGGAUUUACGUUUUCAGAUACCGGUGGUUUCGUUGCCAUGCAAGAUGUCACCGCAUAUCGCGAAGUGGCCAAACAACUUGGAAGUCCGGUCGUUGAUCGCCUCUUUGACGUGCUGCUGAAGCUAAUGAAUCUCAUGUUAAUUAAACCAGAAAACGUACAACAGGUGACACAAGACUAUCUUCAGUCAGGCAUUCCCCGCGAACUGCUACAGGGUUUUAUUCAACUCCGUGCGGAUUACAAGCAGACAAAGACACAGUUGGAUAUGGCGGGAAAACUCCUUCGAUAA